AUGAGCUCAACAGCGAAUAAUUCACAAUCCUCACAAUCACCAGUUGCGAUGUCAUUGCCAAUUCCAUCAUCUUCAUCAUCCUCUUCAUCAUCAGAAAAAACCAAAGAAAAAGAAAAAGCAAAAAAGAAAUUAGCAGUAUUUUUAGAUAUAAAUUUAGAUUCAUUCAAAAGAUUUAAAGGAUUAUCAUCAUUUAUUGCAAAUUCUGAUGAAAAUGAAAUUGAUAAAGUUUUUAAAGAGAAUUCAUAUCAAGUUUAUCAAACAAUGUUAUCAACAUUUUCAUCAUAUGAAUUAGGAACUUAUAAAGGUAAACAUAGUUAUGCAGAGAAAGAAGUAUUAAAAUUAAUGGAACUAUUGAAAAGAAUUUUAAUUCAUUUGGAGGGAUUUGUAAAGAAAGGUUGGCAAGUGAAGAGUAUUGUAAAUGUGCUCGAGAAAAUGUUAGGUAUUGAAAAUGUACAAACCCUUAGAAUGUCUGGUUUUUCAGUUUUAUUAAUAUUCUUGGAAGUUAUGGAAAAACCUGAUAAAUACAAAUUGGAAUUGUUUUCAUCAGUAAUCGAUUUCACACCGUUCACAGCGGAUUAUACAAACAAAAUCAUAUUCUCUCGUAAAGUUUUUAGCGCAGCUUCAGAGAUGAAAAGAUUCAUUGUAAUGCAAUCAACUGAACAACCAACUAAAGAAGAUUCAACAAAAUUAUUUGAACAAAUAUUUAUACACACUGAUAAAAAAUUAAAUACUAAUAAUAAUAAUACAAAUAAUAAUAAUAAUAAUAAUGUAAAUGUAAAUAAUGUAAAUGUAAACAAUAAUAAUAAUAAUAAUAAUAAUAUUAAUAGUUUUAAUUUUUGGUUUGAAUUAAUUAAAACUUAUUAUUUGCCAGUAUUAUAUCCAAGUAUUUGUAAACAAAAUGGAUUAUUGACACCAGAGGAUACGACUGGUUUCAUUAGUAACUGUCCAUAUGAAUUACAAGUGGUUGUAAUUAACUAUCUUUGUAAUUGGGUAACAAAUUAUAAACAAAUUAAAGAAUACUUUUUCAAUAAUAAUUCAUCAGAUUCAUCAUCAUCAUCAACUUUUUCAACAUUCGCAUUGAAUCAAAAUAAUCAAAAUAAUCCAACCGCUUUAACAAAUAUUGUAGUUCCUGGUAAAGGAAAUAUUUCAAUUUUAUUAGAAAUUUUUAAACAAUCUUGUAGAUUACCUUUAAAAUAUUAUGAAGUUAUUAAAAAAUCAAUUCAAACUUUUAAAUAUUUAUUUUUAGAAAAUACAAAAGAUUUAGAAUUUGGUGAAGAUUUACCAAUUUAUCAAACAUUUAUAUUAAAUGAAAUGUUACAUGUAUUCGAAGCAGAAUCACAAAAUUUUGAAAAAGAGAGAGAAGCAAUUGGUACUUAUAUAAUUGAUUGUGUUUAUAAAUAUUUGAUAGAACAUUAUCAUAGUAUGACUAAUGAAUUGAAAGAGAUAUCAUUGUUGGCAAUGUUACAAGGUACCGUUACAUUAUUACGUAAAUCCAAUCCAAAUAAAUCGGUUAGUGUAUCAUUAGAACAGAGUAUAGUAUCAACUACAUUAUAUGGUUGGAUUAAAUCUAAAGAGAUUAAUAAUAAGAAACUAUGGGAACAAUUUCAUCAACAAUUUGAAGAGAUUUAUCAUCGUCCAGAGGUUAUAAGACAAAUUAAAUCAAAAUUAUUACAAGUCACUUUGGUAUUGAAAGAGUUAAUCUAUCCAUUAUCACAACGUUUAAUCACAAAGAAACUUAAAGACAUUAGAAACACUGCCAAAGGUGGUGAACCAAAAUCAUUGGAUCAUCAAGAGGUACCCUCAGAGAUUUCACAAGAUCCUGCAAUUCAUCAAAAUAUUCAAUGGGAUGUUGAGACUUGUAAGGCCAUUUGGCAUUGUCUAUUGGAUUUGUUUAGAAAUCUAUCAAAAAUUAAAGAACCAACCAUUCAUGAAAUGGCAACUCAAAUCAUCGUUGACAUUGUUGACCUUUUCAUUAGAACCGAACAAGAGGUUGAAUUCUCUGAUUAUUUGGAUGAAAAUAAACCAAAACAUCUCUCUUUGAUCAAUAUUUUCGGUUCAAGAUUAUUUGAUACUUGUCAAUUGGAUUCAAAAUAUACUAAAGGUAAAGUUUUGGCUUUAGGUUGUCUUUGUAGAUUAGUUUGUCGUCAUCAUCCACAAUAUCCAAUCUCUGUACUCUCUCAUUUCUAUAGUGUUAUCAAUGCUGCUAUGGUUUCACCAUCUUCAAAUGGUAUUGAUUUAUCUUGGUCAAUCAUACUAAAUUCAAGUAAUAUUUUUAAUCUUUCAAUUCCUGGUGCAAAUAUUUUAAUUCCAACUUAUUUAUAUAAAAUUAAAGUUAUUUUAACAUUAAAAGGUGAAAUUACAAUACCAUUAGAAGUUAGAAAGAAAUGUAUUGUAAUUAUAAAUUCAUUAAUAUUUUAUCCAAAUCAAUUUCCAAAUAUGGAUAUUUAUAAUCAAAGAGAAGUUAAAGGUAAAUUAUUAGGUAAUGAUUUAACAAUGAGUGAAAUGAAAAAAGAUAUCGUAGAGAUAUUAUCAGUGACAUUAAAGAGUGAUAAGUCAUCAGAGAAUAAGGUUAUUUGUGUUUGGGGUUUAUCAGUAUUCUUAAUGGAGGAAUUUAAUUGUAAUUUUAAUCAAGACUUGGUGAAUGAAAUCGUCGAUGAGAUAACCAAUCAUACCACAAGUAUCGAUACUACCGUUGCAAGAGCUGCAUUGGAUUCUUUAUCUUCCAUUGGUUUAAUCUUUAAGAAACUUUCAAAAUCAACCAUUCAAAAGAUACUAGUUUCACUUUGUACAAGUAUUCUAAGAGUUUUACCCGAGAUUGAAGCUGCCACCUCUUCCGUUGCUGAAAUUACAAUCGCAAGUCAUUUCCAUUGUCUUUUGGAUUGGAUUUCAUUGGAUAAUAGUAUUUUCGAUGAUAGUAGUUAUGCUGAAUUCCGUGGUUUAAUGUUUCGUUGUAUUGAAGAAGGUUUAGGUCUAAAAGAUGAAAUGUGGAGUUCAAAUUCAUUUUCAAAUAUUUUAAAACAAGAAGCUGCUGCCGCCGCCGCUAAUGCAUUAAAUGCCGGUGGUGAUUCAAAGGAUCAUAUUAAAGGUGUUACUAAAAAUUUAACAAUUAAAAAGAAUGUUAUCUCAAAGAUUAAUGAUAAAUUUAGAGAUAGUGGUGAUAAAUCAACAAAUACUUCAACCAAUCAAGAGGAGGAAGAAACUACAAAAUUCGUUGUAAUACAUGAUGCUUGUGAAACUUUAUUAAAUCAUUGUUUAAAUUUCACUCAUAAUUUCCCAUCAAAACAAGGUGCAGAAUUCAUUAGUUCAAUGAUUGAUGAAGAAGAUGAUAAAACUUUAUUUGAUGAAAAUGAUGAACAACAAUCAUCAUCAUCACAAAUUAAUGCAUCACCACCAACUAAUAUUUCAACAUUACCAUUAUUUUGUGUAUUGAACGAGAAUGCAUUAAUUAGCGUUGUUGAAAUUCCUAAACCAAAUGGAUCAGGUUCCUAUGCAAGAUUAUUUAUACGUGACGCAACCGGUAAAUAUGUUUGGAACUUUGAUUGUGAUUAUGAUUUGGAGAAUCAAAUUAAACAAUCACCACUCCCAUCACUAUUGGAGGGUACAAAUAGUAAUCUAAUGGUUUUAGAUUCCAAUCAAAAUAGUUAUCAUUUAAUCAAUAAAUAUUCAAAUGAUUUAACAGUUAAACCGGUUGAAAAGGAUGAAAAAUUAAAUAAACUCUUGGAGAAUCUCUCUGUUGAACAUCCAGAAUGUUUACCAAGUCAAGGAAAAUUCUUAAAUCAACCAUUGAAUUGUUUGAAAGCAAAUCUAGUUGAUAUCUUUACAAAGAAUCAAAAUGAAUUGAAUGCAUUCAUUCAAAGGGAAGAUUCAUUAAAUACUCAAGAGAAAUACGCAUUACCACCAAUUGGUAGCACUUGGAAUGCUCAAAUCCCUGAUAAAGCAAAAUCGAUUGUCUCUCAAAGUUGUCGUUUACUUUUAUCUUAUUUAGGUUUCUUGGAUGUUAAUAUCUAUACCAACACUCUACGUCAAUUGGAAUCAACAAAUAAAUUAAGUCGUGCUCUAACUCAAUUGGAUAUCACUCCUGGUCGUGAAAUCUUAAAGAUUGGUGUCAUCUAUACAUGCGAAGGUCAAGAUGACCAAAAAGAGAUCCUUAGAAAUGACCAAACCAAACAAUACAAUAGUCAAGGUGGUGCCAAUGCUCACACUUCAAAUCUCUAUCGUCAAUUUGUCGAUGGUUUAGGUUGGCCAGUUGAAUUGGCUCAACAUCAAGGCUAUAUGGGUGGUUUGGAUCGUAAAAAGACAACUGGUGUCUAUGCUCCAUAUUAUGCAACUCCAUCGGUUGAGGCCAUCUUUCACGAUAUCACAUUAAUGCCAACCAAUCCAACCGAUUCACAACAAAUUCAUAAGAAACGUCAUGUGGGUAAUGAUAUUGUAAACAUCAUUUGGUCCGAACAUAUCCGUGAUUACAAUAGUACCACUAUCACCUCUCAAUUCAAUGAUGCUUUGGUCAUCGUUUAUCCGCUACCAAAUGGUUUAUUCAGAAUUCAAAUCUAUCGUAAAGAAUCAAAAGUACCAUUAUUUGGUCCAUUAAUUCAUGGUAUGGCUGUCAAUAAGGAAUUGUUACCAUUGUUGGUUCGUCAAACCGCUAUCAAUGCCUAUCGUUAUGUUCGUCAUAAUACUCCAAAUUAUUCAAAACCUUAUGUACUCAGAAAAUUCCGUAUCAAAGAAAUCGUUGAUCGUUAUUCUUCCGAUAGAAAUUAUGUCGAUUAUAUUCAUUCAGUUGCUUCUGGUUCAAGUAAUUUCCCAAUAACUGCUCCAAUCACUUCUGGUCCUUCUUCCGCUACUACUUCAUCACCUUCCUCACCUUCAUCUUUAACUCCUUCAACAACUCCACCAUCAACAAUUGGUAUACCUUCACCAAUUUAA